AUGAAUCGACAAACCGACUCAAACCCAUCCCUGGCCUUCGACGCUGUCGCAGUGUACAGGGCUUUUUUCGAUGGGUCGGUUCAUAAUUUUUUCGAAGCAACCGAAAAUGCGGUCGAUGAUGGGCGCGCCCACGUGUACCUUGUUGAAGGUCUCUCCCCUUGGCAAGAACGCAAAGUCAGAGAACUGAUCCCAGGUCUUCCUGACGAGUUCUUUGAAUGGCAUCUCCAGGACAGUCUUGCUUGCAUUAAUAGCGACUUCCAAAACGACCGUGUAGUUCUGGCCAAAUGGUCGCGGGCGGUUUCCCAGCGCAAGGAAGUCUGGCAACGCGAGCACAAGUUGCGGACUCUGGGGUCCCCUUACAACCUCGACGACAAAAACCCGGUCUCUUCACGGUUUGACCACGAGCGGUAUAGCCACAUCUCUGAGCCCUACCGCUCGUACGAUCCCACCUAUGCGUACUCUGAAAAGAUCGCAGCGGAGCCCAAGGUGAUUUUACGCGAUAUGAUUAUGCACGCAGCACGCGAGAGUAUUUCCUUAUACCACAGCAUCGACAACGAUAAGCUAGCGUGCGUUGUCUUGUUCGACCCUUCCAGAAAGUACCGCGUCACCAAAGUCACUUACGACACAGAGCAAUCGACCAAUGAGGAAUCCGCGGAUUUUGAGGCCUUCAGAAAGGACAGGAACUCUCUUGGGAGAUGCAGUACACAUAUCAGGAAGACACGAACUGCACCUCAACAAAAUGAUGUCAUCCGAGCAGUCACGGACGCCGUAGUCCAAAUCCUGAUGGAGGACCACGCCAAACUCCUCUCAUGCUUGAAUAAAGCCAUCGACGACAUUGAACUGUCGCUAAGAGAAGGACUCAAUAGUCCCGGAAGCUGGAGAGUGUACCCUUCUCGGUGGAGGAACCACCUUUUCCACCAGUUGGACGCAGUGGCAUACUUUAUUGCACUGCUCACCCAAAACGCAGUUUCCUAUCCGGCAUCGUCCACGUCCUGCUCGUGGACGAGGCAGGUCAAAGCCCUGAAGACGGCCGAAAGGAAGCUCGAAGCCAUGAUGAGGAGACUGGAGGGCACCUAUCAAGUCCUCAUGUCGUCUAUAACCAUUCUAGAAAGCGAGAAGGCCAUUGAACAAGCCGAGGUGGUGACGAGAGUUACAAACCUGGCAUUCUUCUUCAUCCCACUCUCGUUCGUCUCCAGCGUCUUUGGCAUGAAUGUCAAUGUGAGUGCAGGUCUGGUUGUCAUAGAGGGGUAG